AUGGGUGAAAGAAAAGGCGUUAACAAAUACUACCCCCCCGAUUAUGACCCUAGAGUCGGGGGCCUCAAUAAAUUCCUGGGCACCCAUGCCCUGAGAGAAAGGGCCAGGAAAAUCGACAAGGGCAUCAUCAUAAUUCGUUUUGAGAUGCCUUACAAUAUUUGGUGUGAGGGGUGCAAAAAUCAUAUAGGAAUGGGUGUACGCUACAAUGCAGAAAAAACCAAAGUUGGGAUGUAUUAUACAACCCCUGUGUAUGAAUUCAAGAUGAAGUGUCAUCUUUGUGAUAAUCAUUUUGUAAUUCGAGCUGAUCCAGCCAAUUUAGAUUAUGUGAUACAAACUGGGGCAAGAAGACAAGAAAAUCGAUGGGAUCCAACUGAUAAUGGCCAAGUGGUGCCAGAAACCAAAGAAACUCAGAAGAGACUUUUUGAUGAUUCCAUGUUCAAACUAGAACAUGGAAGUCAGGAUAAAAGUAUUGGAGAGAAUGCUAAACCAAGACUAGCUCAGUUAUACAACAGAAAUGAUGAUGUCUGGUCAGACUCUUUCACUGCUAAUCAAAAGCUGAGAGCUGAAUUCAGGAAAACGAAUUAUGAACUCAAUCAGAAAGCAGCUAAAGAUAAGGUUCUGCUCAAAAAAUCUAGUUUGGACAUUCCUCUGUUGUCUGAGAGAGAAGAAGACCGCAAAGUAGCCUCAUUGCUCAGCAUGAAAUUGAGACCAUCAAAGACUAUAUCAGAAAAUACAGAGUCCAUAAGAAAAGAGAUAAUAUCACAAUCUUCUUUACCUGCCUGUAAUUUUUCUAAAUUCAAGGAGGAGAAAGCUAUGAAACUAUUGAGUUUGAGUAAAACACAUUUGGGAAUUAUUCCAAAGAGGAAGGGUUCUGAUAGCAUUCCCAGAGAAGAGUCAAAGAAACCUAAAAUGAAAAGUUUGCAACUAUGUGAUUAUAGUUCUAGCAGUUCAGACUGA